AUGUCUGCCUUGUUUGCCGCCUCUAGAUGUGCAUCACUCCGUGUCAUGCGCCCUCAGUGCUCGCACAUUGCUGCUGCCUCCUUACUGCUCUCUAGAUGGUACUCUUCAAAAUUCCCUCCUCAUACCGUGAUUAACAUGCCCGCAUUGUCACCCACCAUGACUCAGGGAAACAUCGCGUCGUGGAGUAAGAAAGAAGGUGAUCAGCUUGCUCCUGGCGAGGCCAUUGCUGAAAUCGAAACCGAUAAGGCCACCAUGGACUUUGAGUUUCAAGAAGAUGGUUAUUUGGCCAAGAUUUUGAUGGGUGACGGCUCUCACGAUAUUCCUGUUGGAAAGCCAAUUGCUGUGUACGUUGAAGAAUCCAACGACGUGGCUGCUUUCGAGAACUUUACCGCCGAAGAUGCCGGUGAAGGUGAGGCCAAGCCAGCGGAAACCAAGGAGGAACCAAAGCAAGAGUCCAAGGAAGAAUCCAAAGACACCUCUAAGGAAUCCAAGGCAGCUCCUGCCAAGUCGGAGUCCAAGUCUUCUUCGACCCCAAAGCCUAGUGGACGUAUCAUUGCCUCUCCAUUGGCCAAGACCAUUGCCCUUGAAAAGGGUAUUUCUCUUAAGAAUGUGAAAGGUUCCGGUCCUAAUGGUAGAAUUGUGGCUAAGGACCUUGAAAAUAUCAAGGAAUCUGCCGCUGCUGCCCCUGCUGCUGCUGCUGCUGCCGCUGCUCCAGUUGGCGCUUCAUACACUGACACUCCUCUCACAAACAUGCGUAAGACCAUUGCUUCAAGAUUACUUCAAUCCACUCAGCAAUCUCCUUCCUACAUCGUAUCGUCAGAGAUGUCUGUUUCCAAACUUUUGAAGUUGCGUCAAUCUCUUAAUGCUUCCGCUGAGGACAGAUACAGAUUGUCGGUCAACGACUUGUUGAUCAAGGCCAUCGCUAAGGCAUCAUUGAGAGUUCCUGAAGUCAACUCCGCUUGGUUGGGUGAACAAGGUGUCAUCAGAACCUACAACUAUGUUGAUGUUUCUGUCGCUGUUGCUACCCCAACUGGUUUGAUCACUCCUAUCGUCAAAAAUGCUGACACCAAGGGAUUGGCUACUAUCUCUGCCGAGAUCAAAGACUUGGGUAAGAGAGCCAAGGCUAACAAAUUGGCUCCCGAGGAAUUCCAGGGCGGUACCGUUACCCUUUCCAACUUGGGAAUGAAUCACGCCGUCACCAGCUUCACCUCCAUCAUAAACCCACCUUCAUGUGCCAUUUUCGCUGUUGGUACCGUCACCAAGAAGGCUGUUCCAUCCGACGUCAACGAACAAGGAUUCAUCUUUGACGAUGUCAUGAACAUUACCGGAACCUUUGACCACAGACUUGUCGAUGGUGCUCUUGGAGGUGAAUUCAUGAAGGCUUUGAAAAAGAUUGUUGAGAAUCCAUUGGAAAUGCUAGUAUAG